AUGGCCCAAGUCGCCUCACAGCACCAAUCCCACAGCUCACGCGCUUCGCCCGCCUCUGUCCACGAACACCGCGACGAUGCUCCAUUGCCCGCCGCUCCCCGCCGCCGCCGAACAACGCCUCUGCGAAUAAGAAGACCAAGCCCAAGAAAGGCGNCUGCCGACACAAAUGACGCACACAAACAGCUCCAGGCCAAGAUUGCUCAGCUAGAACAAGAUGCUACCGGCAGGGCCGAAGAAGAUGCAGAAAUCGUCAAAAAGGCGAAUCGCGAUCUCCAAAAUCUCCUUCAAUCCAUGGAUGGUCCGAUAUCCAAAAUGGAAACGGUUCAACGGAAAUACUCGGAACUUCUGGCAGAAAUGAAGAGGACCGAACGGGAACAUAUCAAGGCCAAGAAGCGAGGCGACCAGUUGCAAAAGGACAAGGACACGCAGAGAUCAGAACUCACAAAGGCAAACUCUAUGAAGGAGAAGCUGGAGAAGCUCAGUCGUGAGCUGACAAAGGAAAACAAGAAACUUAAGGAGGAUCUCCGCGAGCUCAAGGAAAGCGCUGCAGACAAGAACGAAGAGCUGCAUCAUNUCCGAGAAAAGUUCAAAUCCUUCGUCGAACAAUACGAAAUGCGCGAAAUCCAGUUCCACUCACUCCUCCGAAGCAAGGAGCUCGAAAUCCAGUUCCAUCUCGCACAGCAAGAACGACUCCGCAAGCAACAGGAUGCAGAAUUGAACAAGUCGCAUCAGUUGACCCGUCAGGUAUCUACCUUUUCCCAAACAGAGAAUGAACUGCGCAGUCAGCUGAAUAUUUAUGUGGAGAAGUUUAAGCAGGUGAGACUUUUUCCAAACAUGCUGCCCUCGUCCAUGUCCUUCCUCCUCUGUAGAAGAGAGCCCCCGCCCGUCUCUGUUACCACCAGUACAGCCGCCACCGCCCCAACGACCAGCUUCUUCCCCAUUUCCAACUUAGGCAGUGCCAUCUCACUCACUGACCGCAUUAGCNAGGUCGAAGACACCCUUAACAACAGCAACGACCUGUUCCUAACUUUCCGUAAAGAGAUGGAAGAGAUGAGCAAGAAGUCCAAGCGCUUGGAAAAGGAAAAUAUGCAGUUGACACGCAAGCAAGAGGCCACCAACAAGAACAUCUUCCAGAUGGCCGAGGAACGCACCCACUCGCAGCAAACCAUCGAUCGCCUACACAAGGAGAAUGAGAAGCUAAAGAAGCUCUGUCGCGCCAUGCAGACCAAUGGUUACGGACGCGCAGACAUGGUCAACGCCGCCCCUGGAGCGCCGAACCCAGCCCACCACCCGGACGAAGACGAGGAAGACGACCUUGCCGAGACAGACUCCGAAUACGACGAGUAUGAUGAGGAUGAUGAUGAGGGCAGCGUUGAGGCCGAGUACGACGACGACACCGAGGAUGAAGCUGUGGAUCAACGACCUCGCACAUACGGUCCAGUACCGCCACCCCCUCCACCGCCGCCAACAGGCGAGCCGGCUCACGGUGCGAAUGGCAAGGCGCGACAACCUCCACAGCCAGUGAAUGGUGUGAAGCAUUAA